CUUGAGCCGUGCAGCAGUGGUGAAUUAAUAAUACAUAACGAGUAUCCGCCAUUUCUAAACCCCCUAAACCCCGCCAAGUGUAGCGACAAAUUAUUCUCUUCUUCUUCUUUUUUCUUCAAUGGCGACAAUACCAGUUAACCCCAAACCCUUCUUGAACAACUUGACUGGGAAAACAGUUAUUGUAAAAUUGAAGUGGGGAAUGGAAUACAAAGGGUUUCUUGCCUCAGUGGACUCUUACAUGAACUUGCAGCUAGGUAAUGCUGAAGAAUAUAUUGAGGGACAGUUCUCAGGAAAUCUGGGAGAGAUUUUGAUCAGAUGCAACAAUGUUCUUUAUCUUCGUGGGGUACCGGAGGAUGAAGAAAUAGAAGAUGCUGAUCGAGAUUAAUCACUGUUUUAAGCACCAUCUUGGGGUUUUAAUAGGAAGAUCUUCUUUUGUUUCCAUGUUCAGCAUGUAUUGUAUUUCUAUCACGAUUAGGCGCAUUAAAACUGAUUUGUGAGACCCACCCAGAUACAUCUAUCAUUUACAGAGCCUUGGGAAGCAACUUUGUCUUCUUUUUUGUUGUAUGAUUCUCAACAGUCUCGAAAUCUAUUUUAUCCCGGAUAUAUUUCCCAAAGUGUUGAAGGACUUACUAGA